AUGCGUUUGUCCGUGCUAAUUGUGGUGGUUUUAAUCCACUUCUGUGAAGGUGCGGUGAAUGUUCUGAUGCCAGAAAGUAUACCAUAUUCUGGUCCAAGCGUGGUUUCGUAUAUUCCUUCAAGUGAUGUUAACAGUGCUGUCGGUGCUGCUUCAGCGUAUAUUCCAAAUCCAACAGUGCCUGAGCCUACUAAUUACAUGGAAUCCUCAGUUUCAAACCCUUCUAUAUAUCCCAACAACAACGUGGGUAAUUCAAAUAUUGCAUUUACCACAUAUUCCCCACCCACAACUGAGGAUUAUAUUUAUAUUGAUAUUGACGAGGACCCAAUCAUAAAGAAACGAUUGAAGUUGUUAUGCACCAUCACCAGGGAGAAAUUGAAGCGCAAGAACUUACCACAGGAAAGAAUACAAAAGCUUAAAAACCGUCUAAAGAAUAGGUGUUCACAAUUUGAAUAA